AUGGCCGCUUCCUCCCUCUGCCACCGGCACCUGCUCCUGUUUCUCCUCAUGGCCGUCGCGUCGGCCUGCCUCGGCACCGCGGCAGCGCAUCAAGCCGGAUCUGGAGAGGGGUACACGAUCGCCGGCCGCGUCAAGAUCGAUGGCGCGAGUGUGAAGGGCUUUGGUCUUCCAGCCAAGACAUCAAACACAAAAGUGAUACUUAAUGGCGGCCAGAGGGUUACAUUUGCCAGGCCAGAUGGUUACUUUGCAUUCCACAACGUGCCAGCUGGAACUCAUCUUAUUGAGGUCUCCUCAAUUGGCUACUUCUUUUCCCCAGUUCGAGUAGAUAUUAGUGCAAGGAAUCCUGGUUAUAUUCAAGCAGCAUUGACUGAAACCAGAAGAGUUCUAAAUGAGCUUGUUCUGGAACCUCUGAAAGAAGAGCAGUACUAUGAGGUUAGGGAGCCUUUCUCCGUCAUGUCACUUUUGAAGAGCCCCAUGGGGUUGAUGGUUGGUUUUAUGGUCUUAAUGGUCUUCGUGAUGCCCAAGCUGAUGGAGAACAUAGAUCCUGAGGAGAUGAAGCAAGCUCAAGAACAAAUGAGGAACAGCCCCUCAUCAUUCUCUGGCAUGCUAUCCAGAGCGCAGGGCUAG